AGUUUGGAUUAAAGGGGGUAUGCUGGCAACAAUUCAUUCGAAGGUAUCCCAUCCCUGGCACUGAAAAUUUUCUAGUAACAACCUAUGGCUUCUGAGUGUUCCAUUGUCCAAAGCACUCCAUGGGCCCUGGAUAAAUGUGAUUGUGACUCAGAUUUCACCCUGAACCUUGCUGUGUUAGCAUCUCACUAUCUGGAAGCUGUGGACCUGAGAAUGGAGCAAUUUCAUGAAGUUCUUCAUCAUUCCCUCCCUUGAGCUAACAUGAUGUCUGUUUUCAUUAGGAGAAGAAAUGAGAAAGAAUUUUCAUGGUGUUCAACAGAGUACCAAAGCUCAGCCAACACCUACUGCUAUUUCCCAAAAUUUAAAGGGCCAUUGAAAUCAAAUCUGUGCCUCGCACUCUGGGCACAGUUCCAAAACUAACUUCAGUCAAAGAAGAUCAAGUUGGCGGGGUGUCUUUUGAAGAAAGUUUCUCAACUGGACUGAACAAAUGAGUAAUAGAAGGCAUAGUUCUUCCUCCCAACAGCAAACUGGAGAUCUAGCAUCAAGAAAUGUCUACAUGAAAGCUAGAAGAAAAGUCACUCCCUAUGCCAUCCCACUCCAUCAUCAGAGAAGCAACUUGCAGGAACAAGACCAACGUCAUAUUAACAUGGAGGGAGAAUCAAGACCUCUAGAGAAAAAACUGGAGGGAAAGAAGCAGGAUGGGACCUCAGGAAGCUGGUUCAAAGUCACAAUUCCUUUUGGCAUAAAAUAUGAUGAGAAAUGGCUGAUGAAUUUGAUUCAGAGCCACUGCAGUAUCCCUUUCACUCCAGUAGAGUUUCAUUAUGAGAAAAUGCAGGCCCAUUUUUUUGUGGUGGAUGCUAGCAUUGCCUAUGAAUUGAAGAGUAUCAAUGACAAGAUUCUGGAUGAUAACAAUGAUAAAAUAUCAAUCUUUGUCAGCCCAUCUGAUGCACCACACUCUGUGCAGAAAGAGCUGACAUCAGAAAAGGCAGAGAAAAUAAUGUUGACUCAACAUAAGUUGUGCUCCCACAACCAGCUGACCAUGAACAAACAAUAUGAUGCUUCUCAGCAAAUUCUUGAUAGGCAGAUACUCCCUUUUGAUAGAGGGUGUACAGUUCCUUCCCUGAAUAUCCAUGAAGAGAACAUGACCAAGCAUUUGUCUUCAAAUCCAAGUCAGUACAAACCUUACGAGCUAUUUGGCCUGCCUGAUACUAUGCUAGUGGCCUCCAAUAUUGAAAUCCUGGAUGUGUACAAAAAUGAGGUGGAAUCUGAAGGAGAGAUGAUCAAGAGGAAAGAGCUGGGGCCAGGACAGAUAUGUGCAGACAGAAGUUCCCUUCAUACCACCAUGCCGGAUAAGUCUAGAAACAUAAAUUCUAUUCUGGAAUUGUUUCCCAAAUUAUUGUGCUUGGAUGGCCAGGGAUCACUUAAACCAACUAUCUGUGACACUGAAACCUGUAAGACCUUACCAACUGGCAAGGGCAGUUUCUUUGGAUCUGAGAUGUUAAAGAAUCUGGUCCUACAAUUCCUGCAGCAGUAUUACAUGAUCUAUGACUAUGGAGAUCGACAAAGUCUCCUCAGUACUUACCACGAUGAGGCGUGUUUCUCCUUAACUGUUAACUUCAGCUCUAUAGAAUCAAGCCUUAGCAGCUUGUGCGAGUACUACAAAUAUAGCAGGAAUAUUAAGACUCUCAGUGAUUCUUAUGUGAGGAGGCAGCUUCUGAAGCACAAGAAACACAACAUUGUUGAUUCUCUCUGUGCAUUGCCCAAAACUCAGCAUGACUUCACCUCCUUUAUAGUAGACAUGUGUUUCCAGACAGAAACGAUGCUCUGCUUUUCUGUCAAUGGAGUAUUUAAGGAAUUGGAAGGAAGGUCUCAUGGAUAUAUUCGUGCCUUCAACCGGACAUUCAUCACUACCAUCAGCAGCAGUUCAAGCCUUUGCAUCAUCAAUGACAAGCUGUUUAUAAAAGAUGCCCAAAGAACUUCAAGUGCCUUCAUCUCCAUAGAUACACCUUCACCUUCCUCCAGUUAUGUGCCUACCCUCUCCCUGGAGCAUCAGGGUCUGGUGCAAUCUUUCUACAUCCAAUCCAGGACAGAUCUCCACAGGUCUCAGAAGAAAAAGAUAUGAUCCCAGAAGAGAUCUUCUCACAGGCACAUUCAGGAUCCUAAGCAGAAAACUCUGAGAAAAAAUAAUUGGGUGUUACUAUCUUCAUUUUCAUUAUCUUUGCUCUUCUAGUAUGUGUAUUUUUAUGUGAUUAAACUGGGAGGUCUGCUUGUAACCUGAAAGCCAUGUUUUCCCCAUAUCCCAGUAUUUUUGUUUCUUUUUUAAAAUUGAGAGUGAUGUAGUCUGUUGUUAAAUUCAUUCAAAAUCCCUUGAAGGCAGGCAUUACUAUCUCUGUUUGUUUGUUUUUUUAGGAGGAAAGGGACAGUCAGAAUGAAUAACUCCAAAUAAAUACUGAAAUCUUGGACCCACGCUUAGGCCAGAAAGCUGCUGUAGAGGGCUGUAUGGCCUCCUAGGUUGAGGAUGCUUUCUGUGAAACCUGGCACUGUUGUUCUAUGUUCCUAAAGCAUUAAUCAAAUAUCUUACAUGAGACCAACAUUAUUUUAUUAACCAUAUAAAUUUAUUCAAACUCAAAAAUAGCUCUUUUGAUGGGA